AUGGCAGACUACGAGGAUGAGUACGACUACGAAAACUACGAGGAAGAUUCAGGCAUUACCCCCGAGGAUUGCUGGACUGUUAUAUCCUCCUUCUUCGAAUCCAAGGGUCUCGUAUCCCAGCAAACGGCCUCAUUCGAUGAAUUUACUCAAACAACCAUUCAAGAUCUCGUCAGCGAGUACUCGAAAAUCUCCCUUGACCAGCCCAACCCGCCCUCCACCGACGAACGGAAGAUCAGUGUCCGCCGAUACGAGAUUGAGUUUGGUAGCAUUAUGGUAUCGAGACCUUCAAUUAGCGAGACCGACGGAACUGUGACUUCACUUCUGCCGUACGAGUGCCGGGAUCGCAACCUGACCUACGCCGCGCCGGUUUACAUCAAAAUAACCAAAAAGGUCCAAGCUGCUGUGGAAACAGAAAUCCCUCUGCACGAACUCGAUGACGCCCAACAUACCGAGUAUGCUAAAUCUGGCGAGCUACCUACAAGACUGGCAUGGGAAUCGGAGGAUGUGUCAGAGCCCGAAAACGCCAAUAAGCCUGACGCUUGGAAGGACAUGGUUUUCGUUGGAAAAAUGCCAGUCAUGGUGAAAUCCAAAGUCUGCCACCUAAGCCGCGAGCACGAUGAGAACUUGUUUCUUGUCAACGAGUGUCCAUACGACCAAGGCGGCUACUUCGUUAUCAAUGGGAGUGAAAAGGUGCUGAUCGCCCAAGAGCGCUCUGCCGCGAAUAUCGUUCAAGUCUUCAAGAAGGCCCAGCCCAGCCCGUACACUUACACCGCCGAAAUUAGGAGCGCUUUGGAGAAGGGUUCGCGCCUCAUUUCCAGCAUGAUGCUCAAGCUCUAUGGUAAGGGCGAGUCAGCUCGUGGCGGCUUCGGUCAAACGAUCCAUACAACACUGCCGUUUGUCAAAUCAGACCUUCCCGUCGCCAUUGUUUUCCGAGCUCUCGGUGUUGUUUCCGAUGAGGACAUUCUCAAUCACAUCUGCUACGACCGAAAAGACUCUCAGAUGUUAGAAAUGCUCCGACCUUGCAUCGAAGAAGCGUUCUGUGUCCAAGACCGUGAAGUCGCUCUUGACUUUAUCGGUAAGCGUGGUAACCGAGAUCAGGCUGGUCUCGGGCGCGACAAGCGUAUUCGUGUAGCACGCGAUAUUCUUCAAAAGGAGACCUUGCCUCACAUCUCUCAAGAAGCUGGUAGUGAGACGCGCAAAGCCUUCUUUAUCGGCUACAUGGUCCACAAACUGCUACAGUGUGCUUUGGGACGUCGGGAACCUGACGACAGAGACCACUUUGGAAAAAAGCGCCUUGAUCUAGCAGGGCCGCUGCUUGCGAAGCUUUUUCGUGGUAUCAUGCGCCGAAUGCACUCGGAGCUUGCCAACUACCUUCGACGCUGUGUUGAGGGUAACCGCCACUUUAACCUAGCUGUUGGUAUCAAGCCAGGCACGCUUUCAAAUGGCCUCAAGUACUCUCUUGCCACGGGCAACUGGGGAGACCAGAAAAAGGCUGCGAACUCAACUGCCGGUGUAUCUCAGGUAUUGAACCGAUAUACUUUCGCCUCCACCCUUUCCCAUCUUCGACGUACCAAUACCCCCAUUGGUAGAGAUGGCAAACUAGCGAAACCUCGCCAACUUCACAAUACUCAUUGGGGUCUUGUCUGCCCCGCUGAAACACCCGAGGGCCAGGCUUGUGGUCUUGUCAAGAAUCUAUCCCUCAUGUGCUACGUCAGUGUCGGUUCGCCAGCAGAGCCGCUUAUUGACUUCAUGAUCAACAGGGGUAUGGAGGUAAUCGAGGAGUAUGAGCCACUCAGAUACCCGCACGCUACCAAGAUCUUCGUCAAUGGUACCUGGGUUGGAGUCCACCAAGAUCCCAAGCACCUUGUCGACCAGGUAUUUGAUACCCGCCGCAAGUCCUACCUGCAGUAUGAGGUGUCCCUCAUUAGGGACAUUCGUGACCAAGAGUUCAAGAUCUUCUCUGAUGCUGGCCGAGUCAUGCGGCCCGUUUUCACGGUGCAACAGAAAAAUGACCCAGAGACGGGUCUUGAAAAGGGCCAGCUUGGUCUUACCAAGGACUUGGUCAACAAACUAGCACAAGAGCAAGCGGACCCACCCGAUGACUCGGAACUGAAGAUGGGCUGGGAGGGUCUUAUCAAAGCUGGCGCGAUCGAGUAUUUGGAUGCUGAGGAAGAGGAGACAUCAAUGAUCUGCAUGACUCCAGAGGACCUGGAACUCUACAGACUUCAAAAGGCGGGGUUAUCCGUUGAUGACGACCACGAAGGCGGGGAUUUGAACAAACGCCUGAAGACUAAGACCAACCCAACCACUCACAUGUAUACCCAUUGCGAGAUCCAUCCAAGUAUGAUCUUGGGUAUUUGUGCAAGCAUUAUUCCUUUCCCAGACCACAACCAGUCUCCUCGCAAUACCUACCAAUCUGCAAUGGGUAAACAAGCCAUGGGCUUCUUCUUAACGAAUUACUCUCGCCGUAUGGAUACCAUGGCAAACAUUUUGUACUACCCCCAAAAACCUUUGGCCACGACCAGAUCUAUGGAGUUCUUGAAGUUCCGAGAACUCCCUGCCGGCCAAAACGCCAUCGUCGCUAUUGCUUGCUAUUCCGGCUACAACCAGGAAGACUCCGUUAUCAUGAACCAGAGCAGUAUCGAUCGCGGCCUCUUCAGAAGCCUGUUCUUCCGCUCUUACUCUGAUCAGGAGAAGAAGGUUGGUUUGAAUUAUACGGAAAUAUUCGAAAAGCCAUUCCACCAAAGCACUCUCCGGAUGAAGCACGGCACCUAUGAUAAACUUGAUGAAGAUGGUAUCGUCGCCCCUGGUGUUCGUGUCUCCGGCGAAGACAUUAUUAUCGGCAAAACUGCUCCGAUUGACCCAGAGACUCAAGAUUUGGGCACGCGCACCACGGCGCACCAACGGCGUGAUAUCUCAACACCCCUUCGCAGUACAGAAAACGGUAUUGUUGAUCAAGUCAUUGUAACUGUCAACGCCGAUAACGUGAAAUAUGUCAAAGUCCGAGUUCGCACGACCAAGAUCCCCCAAAUCGGUGAUAAAUUUGCCUCACGACAUGGUCAAAAGGGCACUAUCGGUGUAACAUACCGACAGGAAGACAUGCCGUUCACGAGAGAAGGUGUCACGCCUGAUAUCAUUAUCAACCCACACGCUAUCCCCUCUCGCAUGACAAUUGCCCAUUUGAUCGAAUGCCUUUUAAGCAAAGUUUCGACCCUAGAAGGCAUGGAAGGUGAUGCUACUCCAUUUACCGAUGUCACUGUCGAUUCUGUGUCAGACCUGCUGCGUAAGCAUGGCUAUCAGUCGCGCGGUUUCGAAAUUAUGUACAACGGCCACACCGGUAAGAAGCUCCGUGCCCAGGUCUUUUUUGGACCUACCUAUUACCAGCGUCUACGUCACAUGGUGGACGACAAAAUUCACGCCCGUGCGCGUGGCCCUGUGCAGAUCAUGACUAGACAGCCGGUGGAAGGUCGUGCAAGAGAUGGUGGAUUGCGUUUCGGUGAAAUGGAGCGCGAUUGCAUGAUUGCGCACGGUGCUGCGGCUUUCUUGAAGGAGCGUCUGUUUGAAGUCUCAGAUGCAUUCAGAGUGCAUAUCUGCGAGAUCUGCGGCCUGAUGACGCCGAUUGCAAACCUUUCAAAGCAAUCUUUUGAAUGCAGACCUUGCAAGAACAAGACAAAAAUUGCACAAAUUCACAUUCCGUACGCUGCCAAGCUUCUGUUCCAGGAGCUUCAAUCGAUGAAUAUUGCAGCACGCAUGUUCACGGACAGAUCUGGUGCCUCUAUCCGGUAA